AUGCCUCAACACAGUCGUCGAAAACCGUUCAGUGGCAAGCAGAAGAGAGCCCAGCUCCAGCGAAACCGAGAUGUGCAGCGAUUCCGAGAGGACGACGAGGAGCCUGCCAAAGAGAAGCUGGAGAUACGCUCAGACUCGCCAUCUGACUCAGAUAAAGAUGAAGAAACACUGGUCACGUCUGAAAGGGCAAUGAUCGUAGAUAAAUUUGAGCCCAAGUUCGAAGAAGGCGGUGCCGUGGCUGAGACAAGGCGUCAAGACAGAUACAAACUGAUGUUUGCCCAAGAAAGUGCCAGUGAAAUUGAGGAGGGCAAGCGGGAGUCGCGUCAGCCAUUGCAAACCCUGGCAGAAAAAGACUUGGAAGUGUCCUAUGAAGAUAUAUGUAUGGAGCACAUCGACAUGCCUGUUCGUCCCACCUGGCAAUACAGCCUGAGCAAGCAGCAGCUGGAAGCUAAGGAGCAGCGCUACUUCAAUGAGUACAUUGACCAGCUCAUGGCUGAUACACACAACCAUCCGCUAAGCUACUUUGAGCGGAACCUGGAGUAUUGGCGGCAGCUGUGGCGUGUGCUGGAGAUGUCGAAUGUAAUAGUGAUUAUCGCCGAUGCACGCCAUCCCAUCCUGCACUUCCCACCAUCCCUGUACUGCCAUGUCGUACAUGAACUGAACAAAACGCUCGUGCUAGUGCUGAACAAGAUAGACUUGGUGCCGGCGAGUGUGGUACUGGCGUGGCGCGAGUACUUCUAUGGACUGUUCCCGCAACUUCACGUCGUCCUCUACACGGCUCGCCCAGGGAACCAGAGCAGCAGCCAGCGCUCCGACGCCAAGGGUCUGAUGUCGCACGCCCAGUGCGGCGCUAAGCGGCGCAUGAUAUGCGUACAAGGUGCCUGUCAGCUUAUCCGCGCCCUGGCCAAUGUGGUGGCCGAUCACAGUAUGCUGUCCGGUUGGACGGAUAAACUCUCAAAGUUUGAACGGCGUCGUAAGCAUACCGCAGACUCCAGCAACGGUACCAACGGUGGCAAUGAAGCUACGGCAGCGGCAACAGCAUCCUCACCGCUGUCCUUCAUUACAAUAGGUCUGGUCGGCCAUCCCAACGUGGGUAAGGCCUCCAUUCUCAAUAGCCUGAUUGGCAAGAAAGUUGUAAGUGCGUCGCGCACACCCGGCCACACGAAGCACUUUCAGACGCACUUCCUCACACCGCACAUCCGCCUGUGCGACUCACCUGGCCUAGCCUUUCCGUCACAUGUUGAAAAACAGCUACAGAUCCUGUCCGGAAUGUACCCAAUUUCCCAAGUGCGUGAGCCGUAUACAUCCGUCGGCUAUCUGGCGGCGCGCCUGGGAUGUAAUUUGCUUUCAAGCUCACUUCGUUGUGACGGCCACACCUGGUCCGCGUGGGACGUCUGCGAGAAGUGGGCGGAGGAAAGGGGUUUCCAUACCGCAAAGGGCGCCCGUCCCGAUACCUACCGUGCCGCGAAUCAUAUUCUGCGCCUGGCGACAGAUGGCAGAAUAGCACUGUUCGUACGACCGCCGAAGUACACUGAAGACUUAACGAAAUGGAUGUGCCAUCCCGAACUAAAGAGCGUUGUUGCAGUCCAACUGGAGGGCUUGGACCAUGAUGAGUUGAGGCCAGAGCCUUAACCUGUUGGCACAGCUUAGUGCUAGCAGCAACUCCAGUGCUGCCGCAUCGUCAGCAGAUGAUAGUUCCUGUCGUUGGGUAGCGUCACGUGCGGCCGCAGCCUCUCCGGCCACCCGCAAUCCGUUUGCCGGAUUGGCCGUGGCGGAUAGUGAAUCUCGUGAGAAGUGACACGGACUGUGUUUGUUUGAGGUGCUGUCGCUCCAAGCUACAUCUCACUAUGUUACAUUUCACCCUGUGGCUGAAUCACCCAAAUGUUUUAUCUUAUCUGCCCCCCCCCACACACAAACACACAUACACACACACACACGCUCUCUCUAUCUCUCUCUCUUAUCAAGUUAGUUACUCACUAUUGCGUUUGUGUGACUCUGGCUCCGAGACUUGUGGUCGGAUGACCCUCACACACCACACACGCACCCCAUCCGCAAUAGUGCCCACUGUUCCCCCCCCCCCCAGCCCCUUGGCUUCUGUCGAUGCCAAAGUUGAGAGCUAGACAACAUCACCGGUGUUCUUGAUUGCAAUGUGCACUGUUUUAACGUUUUUAAUCAAUCAUCAGUUUCAUCUUUUAAACCUUUUUAUACUUCUCAUUGUGCCUCUACUCCCUGCUGGCAGUACUGCUCUCUCCCUGGCUUACUGUUGCUGCAUACCCCGCUCUGACCAGCGAUCAUAAUAAUUAUUAUUAUGCCAACUUGACCUGAGUAUUUAUCUGCUUGACCUGAUUUUUGACCUGAUUAUUUAUC